UCAACCUUUCGUAUCUCCGUAACUCUUCUUCAGCUUAAGACGCUUCACUAAUCUUGCUUAACCACUCUUAAUCAAUUCACUCUUUACUUCUUUCCCCACUAACAAAACCGUUAAUGACUCUUUAAUCUCCUACUAACCCAAAAAAUAUCCUUCCCUAAGCACACUAUAAAUACCAAACGAUCACAAUCCAAUCUAAUCACACAAAACCACCAAACCAAAACAACACCAAUCAGAUAGAUAAUGGCUUCAAACACCACUUUCCUCUUCUCCACCGUCACACUUGUUCUCCUCCUCUUACUAAACACCACCGUCUCCGGCAGAUAUCUCCCGGCGGAGUCAACCAACAUAGCGGCGAGGCUCCAAAGUGGAGGACUAAUGGAAUGCUGGAACGCAUUAUACGAGCUCAAAUCGUGCACGAAUGAGAUCGUUCUCUUCUUCCUCAACGGCGAAACAAAACUCGGCGUUGGUUGUUGUGAAGCCGUCGACGUCAUCACAACCAAUUGUUGGCCGGCUAUGCUCACUUCUCUCGGAUUUACGUCUGAGGAGGCUAAUGUCCUCCGUGGCUUUUGCCAGAAUCCAAACUCCUCUCCGGCUCCUUCUCCCAAAAAAGCUUGAUUGUUAACAAACGCAUAUAUAUAUAUAUAUAUAUAUAUGUUAUGGAGUCUCUUUUUAACAAAUCAUAAAGGUUCAGAGCUGUUUGGGACUAUGAUCCAUCUUUAUAUUAUUGCCAAAUCGAAGAUUGUUCAAACUUUUAUCGAAUCAUAAAGAGUUUCUCUUAAGAAACA